GCGGGCCCGAAAGAGAACGAGAGCGAAGCCGCCGAGCGAGGGUCCGUUCAGAGCAGCUCGGCUCGAGGCUCCCCGGUUCUGCAGUCGCCACCGCCGCCGCCGCGCUUAUCGCCAUGCUGACGGGAGCCGCUGCCGCCUCCCUGGCUCGGGAGAACCAGGAGAACGUGCCUCCGGGAGCGAAGGGCGACCCUCGGCUGGCGGGCGCUGCGCUGGGGACGCGGGUCGCUCUGGGGCUUCUGCGGGGCAACCGGGAGCCUCUCGUCCAGCCGCAGGCUUCCCACAGCCAAAUUCCAUGGAGUACCAAUGAUGAAAACUGCCUCGAUGUUCCCCUGGGCAAAAUGGGGAAUAAGCAGCCCCCUUUUACCAUCCAUAUGGAUGAGCCUGAUGUCACCAGGCAGAAAAAACGUAUGAUGUCGAAAAGGAUGCCUUCAAGUGAAGAGGCCCUAGGCUUGAAGACGGCAGUAGCUUCAAUGGGAAUCAGGAAACCUCUGACACCUAUAGAUAACCCAAUGGAUCUGAGCUUCGGAUCUCCAAGUAUUAUGGAUAUGUCAAUAGUCCAAGAAACGGAACAGAGAAUUAAUGUUAACCAUGUACCAGACUACAUUGAAGAUAUCUAUAAGUAUCUUAGGGAAAUGGAGGUGAAAUGCAAGCCCAAAGCAGGUUACAUGAAGAAGCAGCCAGACAUCACAAACAAUAUGCGGGCUAUUCUUGUGGACUGGCUAGUGGAGGUUGGCGAAGAGUACAAGCUCCAAAAUGAAACUUUGCACUUGGCGGUAAACUACAUUGACAGGUUUCUGUCUUCAAUGUCAGUGCUAAGAGGGAAACUUCAACUUCUGGGAACUGCUGCCAUGCUAUUGGCAUCAAAGUUUGAAGAAAUCUACCCUCCUGAAGUAGCAGAAUUUGUAUAUAUCACAGAUGACACUUACACAAAGAAACAAGUCCUCAGGAUGGAGCACUUAGUUCUGAAAGUCCUUUCAUUUGAUCUGGCAGCGCCUACUAUAAACCAGUUCCUUUCUCAAUACUUCUUGCAUCAGCCAGCUAGCUCCCAAGUGGAAAACCUGGCAACGUACUUGGGAGAACUGAGUUUAAUUGAUGCUGAGACAUACCUGAAAUAUUUGCCAUCAGUAAUUGCUGCCGCAGCAUUUCAUACAGCAAACUAUACUAUUUCUGGAAAAACUUGGACUGACUCUCUUGCUGAAGUUACGGGAUACACAAUUGAAAGUCUUAAGCCUUGUAUAAUGGACCUCCACAAGACUUACCAGACAGCGGCACAGCAUACGCAACAGUCUAUACGGGAGAAAUACAAGGCUGUAAAGUACCAUGCAGUAUCACUCAUUGACCCGCCAGAGACACUAAUCUUAUCAUAACAAUCAAACUUGACAUCUCAAAGGUGUAUAUUACCUGUAAUGGCAACUGUACAGUUUUAAACUUUUAUUUAGACUUCAAUCACUCUGGUAUAUUACCAUAGAAAAUUGUGAAGUUUUCUACUUUUAUAAUGUUUUAAUGUAAACUUUUGUACAUGCAAUCUUGUUCUAAAUACUUAGGUGACGCGCCUUUAAAAGUUCUGUUGAAACAGACUUAAACCAUCAGGUCAACCACUUAAGUACUGCUGACCCUUUUUUAAAAAUAAGAGCAUGUAAGUAGGGAUUCUGACUCUAAAUGUCAAAUCAAGAAAAUUCAAUAGAGUCUGUCUGCAUACUUGAAAUACUAAUAGGAAGGAAGGUUCAGUCUAUUCAGACUCCUAUAUACAAUUAAGUUGCAACAGUAUAUUUGGGAAAGUCAACUAAUGCUUAACAUAAUUUAAGAGUGACGCUACUUUUUACAGUUCUGAGUAGCCAUUAAGAAUGUUGACUGGUUAUUAUAUGUUUGUGCCUGCUGGUGGCAGUAGUGCCACUUAAGUUCAUGCUGCUACAGUAGCUUAUGAAACGCUGCAUUAAUGAUUUUCACUCUAACCCACAGAAACGGAGUCUUGAAAACAAGGGCAAGAAAUAGCAUUCUUUUCACAGGAAGGCUAUAUAGACAGCUAUUGCUGUCUGAAAACUGUCUUGGCUUGUACUCUUGAGGUCACAAAUUGAAACUACUUAAUGUGUCGCCUAUUUGAGCAUGCCAAACUAUAACCUAGACGUAAAGGCCAUGGAUUUGGUGCUAGAAGUAGCACAGAGCUGAACAGUGAUCUCAACUCAUGCAUACUGCUCUGCAAUCCAACUGCAGCUAGCAAAGGUCCUAGGCUUGGGUAGCUGUUCAAAUGUGAUAUGUAUUGAUACAGGGUAGAAGUAGUGGGUCUGCUGUACAAACUAAGCCCUGGUUUGAAAGGUUUUCUAUAUUUGUAAGGGUGGCUAACUUUUAUAUUCAUAUUUAAGUAGGAUUUUCUGUAAGAUAGGAUACUGCUUCACAUGUGCUCACAGCAAACCAAUUGCAUGUAAAGACCUACGUGUAAACCAUCUUGAAGCUGGUCAAUAAAAUCCUGAAAGAGGA